CCUACAAAAGGGGCAAGUUGUGCACCUCGCCCUGGCAUUAGGGCCAAAAAGGGACGACGCUCCAUUGUGGCAUUCGGGUACAGUUUAGUCAUAGUGGUUUGAGGGCGGAAGAAUCAGAGAAAUGGCGGAGUUGGAAGACAAUGGCGAGUUCUACCUGAGGUAUUAUGUCGGUCACAAAGGGAAAUUCGGGCAUGAGUUCUUAGAAUUCGAGUUUCGUCCGGACGGCAAACUCCGUUAUGCCAACAACUCCAAUUACAAGAACGAUACCAUGAUUCGUAAAGAGGUUUUCCUUACCCCUUCCGUACUCAAAGAGUGCCGCCGCAUUGUCGCCGAUAGCGAGAUUAUGAAGGAAGAUGAUAACAACUGGCCUGAGCCGGAUAGAGUUGGGAGGCAGGAGCUUGAGAUAGUGAUGGGGAAUGAGCACAUAUCAUUCACUACAUCUAAGAUUGGUUCACUGAUGGAUGUGCAAACCAGUAAAGAUCCCGAGGGACUUCGUAUCUUCUAUUAUCUUGUUCAGGACCUCAAGUGUUUUGUGUUCUCUCUCAUCUCUCUCCAUUUCAAGAUCAAACCCAUUUAAGUCCUGAUUCUGGCGAGCUGACACUUUGGAAGUCUGGUUAGCUUCAUGUUUCUUAUGUGCUAAUGGUGUAUACUUGAUUAGUAAAGUGAAUCUUUAUGGUGGUGUUUGAUGAAUUGUCGGAGGAACAAUCUUCUUUAGACCUUAUUUUGUGAUGAAAGGUCCUGUUUCUCUCUUUUCAGUCCGUUGUUUGUGUGUUAAGUACAACAAGGGUUUAUUUUAUCAUGUGAUGUGUUGAGUUAA